AUGUUGUCAAAAUUCAUUAUUUACACCAUCUUUUUCUUCGAGUUUAUAUCAAUUUGGUGCGGUUGUAAUGGAAAUUGCAUAGGUGGCAGUAUUACUCCAAACGUUACUGGUCUCAUUCCAAAUUUAACGAUCUCCCAAAAAACUUCCUUGUAUGCGACAGCCAUUAAUAUGACGUUGACGAUUUAUCAAAGUCCAGUUAAUAAUACUGGUUCAGAAAUAUCACUGAUAAUAAAUGGUAGUACCAAUGUUGAUUCAACUAAUCGAUGUAUCGCUUAUGGUGUGAUGUUCUCAUUUUUUGGACAAUAUCCAAUAAUAAACAGUCAAGCGACUGGAAAUGGUGGUUGCGAUGCAAUUCUCGGAAGUGCAUGCUCACAAAGUAUUCUUAAUUUAUUACAACAAUCUUUUGGUGAUAUUAAUAGUGAAAAUUGUGGAGUUCCCUAUCAAAGCUUUCUUAUAAAUCUUCCUAAAGAAUGUACACCACAAAAAAAUGCAGUGAAUUCUUUGCUCAGGUCUAUAUUAUUGAAUAAUGGUUCGUUCACGAUUGAUAAUUCAUCGACAGCAAAUUCAUCAGACAUAUGGACAUGUUUUGGCAGUUUUCAAGCCCGUGAUUUUCUGAUGAAACCAUUUGCUCUUGCAUUUUUCGUGGGGCGUUCUUAUUCUUCAGGCAGUAUUGACAGUGCUAUUGCAUGUUUUUCUACCGAUAACACAACUGUAGGAUCAAAUACAACAGCACAACCUAGCGGUAUGGCGACUCACCUUUUUGUUUCUGGAAAUUUUUUAAUUUUCCUAUCAUUAUUACACUUCUUUUCUCUGUUUAUGGUAUAUUUACCAUAA